AUUUGUGUAGAAAGAAAUAAAGUAAUGGUCUUGCGUAUCCUCUCAAUACGAGAGACACGUUUACAGAUUGAACACCGCCUCAUGCAAAAUCCAGAUGCGCCAAGCGCUCGGCUUUGUCGGCUUCCGACGCCGAGUGCUUUUCGCUGUGCCUGGGCGCCGGGCCUCUGUGGUGGUCCUGAUGUCCCUGCUCACGACUCUGCACCGCCCGGAGGGGUGAAUAGCGGGGCUUCGAGCCCCGCUACCCCAUCCACCCCAGUACACGACGAAAACAACCGUGACUUGUUGGUAGCCUUGCUAUGGGCCAGCGCGAGUUCCCUCACCGGCAGCUCGGAGAGUCUCGUCACCGACUCCGGCGCGCGGUCACCCAUCCACGCGCAGUCGCAGCAGGAGGCUAUAAGCAAGAUUCUGGAGCGCAAAGACCGACAGCCGACGAAGAUCGAUUUCAAGAUAUUCCUCACUGAGAACACCAUGGUCCGCUGGGAAGCUGUAGUGCAAGGGAAUACUAUUUACCUGCGAGUACCUGGUGUUCUUCAGUCCGGCAGUAAGGAGAGCUUCAUGCUACUCCUAGACUUCGCCGAGGAAAGGCUGGCUUGCAACAACUGCAUCAUAUGCGUUCUGAAGACACGCCCGGAUCGGGCGACGCUCCUUCGCACCUUCAUGUUUAUGGGUUUCCAAGUACUGCCCCCGAAUUCGCCCAUAAUGCAGGAAAUCAACAACCCAGAUUACAUAUUCUUGCACUACAAUAUGCAGUAA